UUACAUACAGGCAUUCACACGCACCAGUUCUGCACUUCCUGGCCGGGGUCCUUCCGUGCAACACCCUUCCAAGAUGGCAGCCAACAGUAGCAGCACGGGUAGCAAAUCCAGCGGCAGCGCCGGCGGAAAACAGUCCGGUCCGUCAGCUGAACAGGUGGUGGCAACAUUUCAGAGGAUGCGUCAGGAACAGCGCACCAUGGCGUCCAAAGCUGCAGACUUGGACAUGACCAUCAACGAGCACAGCUUAGUAAUCGAGACUCUGAAGGAGGUGGAUCCUUCGAGGAAAUGUUUUCGUCUAGUUGGGGGGGUGUUGAUGGAGAGGACGGUUAAAGAAGUUCUACCUGCCUUGGAAACCAACAAAGAACAGUUGUCCAAACUCAAGGACACCAUCAACACGCAGAUGCAGUCGAAAGGCCGGGAGCUCACAGAGUACAGGGAACGCUACAACAUCCGGUUGGUGGGCGAGGGUGAGGCGGAGGCACAGGGCCAAUCGGCGACGUCCUCCAGAGAAACUGAAGGCGAAGGAUCUAAAGGCGGAGCUGGUGUUUUAGUUUCGUAGUGUGUAAAGACGGACAGCAACAAUAGGGCCCUUUUGAUUUUCUUUUUUUUGAAGUACCGAAAACAUUAGAUGGAGUCACAAAAUCUAGAUGGAAAAUCUGAACUCUCCGCAGGAUAACUUUGGAUUUGGACUUGUCUGUUAAAUAUAAGAAAUUCUGUACAACUGGUGGAAAGCGUAUACUUAGUGCUCUGCUUAUAUGUGUUCAUUGUGGAUGCUAGUGUAUAUCACAUUUGUUUGUUUCACAUCUGCCUUUUUUCAUUGCUUAAAUACUGUGGUUUAAAUUUCACAAUUAAAUGCAAACCCCUGAGUGCUUGUGUACUUGAGAACAGUUAUGAAAAUGUUUGUUUUAACUUUUAUUAACAUUAUUAACAACCACUUAAAACUGGAGUGAAGAAUGAUUUCAAGGCCCUGAUGUCAGUUAAAACUGUGAAAGUCAUCCCUGCAGAUGCAGAACAGGUCCUGGAAAAUAUUUAUACAACACAUCUUGAGCACGAAUAUGAGAUUAUACUGUAAACACGUGACUGUAGACCAAAAGCCUCCCAUUGUACAAGUUUGUUCAUUCAGAAAAUUAUCUUCACUCAUAAGCCAAGCACUCUAAAAGAAGUCCAUAAAUAUGUGGACAGUUAGUAAAGCGCAUGCUGUGCACUAUUUGACCACAAUUGUCAAUGCCACGUCUUCAUAAUAAAGCCUUGUCAGUGAAAACACAA